AUGGACCGACCAGCCCAGGACCCCGAGAAGGCCGGCUUUGAGCACGCUGACGAAGUCGGAAGCACCUCGCUCAAUGGCUCCCAUGAUAUUGAUAUCGAUGCCGGGUUUACGCCUGAGGAGCAGCGCAAGAUCAUCCGCCGCAUUGAUCGCAGACUUGUCGUGACUGUUGGCGCUAUGUAUUGCGUCUCGCUGAUGGACCGGACGAACUUGUCUGCAGCCGCUAUUGCGGGCAUGACCAAGGAGCUAGCUCUUUACAUUGACAACAGAUACCCGCCUUCGACCAUUGUCGUCCGCAAGAUUGGCCCCCGUCUUCACCUCGGCGGGCUCACCCUAUUGUGGGGUGCCGUUAUGAUCGGUAUGGGCUUCUCUCGCAAAUACUCGCACUUGUAUGCGUGCAGAAUCCUGCUGGGUGUCCUCGAGGCCGGCUUCUUCCCCAGCUGCGUCUACCUCCUCAGCACAUGGUACACUAGAUACGAGGUCGGAAAGCGAUACUCGGUCUUCUACCUCCUCGGCUGCGUGGCUUCCGCCUUUGCCGGUAUCCUUGCCUACGGUCUCAUGCAGAUGAACGGCCAGCAAGGACUCACAGGCUGGCGCUGGAUCUUCAUCAUCGAGGGUGUCCUGACCUGUGUCCUCGGCAUGGCUGGCUACUGGCUGCUUGUCGACUUCCCCGACUCCAAACGCAAGGACUGGAGCUUCCUGGGCGAGCGUGAGCGUGCUUGGGUCGUCGCCCGCGUGAACCGCGACCGUGGCGACGCCCACAUGCCCGCCUUCAACAUGCGGAGGUUCCUGGGCGCCGGCGCCGACUGGAGGAUCUGGGCGUACGCCAUGAUCUUCUUCAACACCACCACCGUCUCCUACGCGCUUGCGUACUUCCUGCCCAUCAUCUUGCAGGCCAACAUGGGCUUCGACGUCGGUGCCGCGCAGUGUCUCGUCGCGCCGCCGUACGCCUUUGCCGGCAUCGUCAUGUUCGCCACCGCCUGGCUGGGUGACAAGAUGAAGUUCCGCGGCCCCGUGAUCCUCAUCAACAUGGCGUUCUGCAUCGUCGGCCUGCCCAUCAUGGGCUUCCACUCGAGCGCCGCGGUGCGCUACUUUGGCGUGUUCUUGACGACGGCGGGCGCCAACUCCAACGUCCCCGCCGUGAUGGCGUACCAGGCGAACAACAUCCGCGGCCAAUGGAAGAGAGCUUUCUGCAGUGCGACACUAGUAUCGUUCGGUGGUAUCGGUGGUAUUGCCGGUAGCUUGCUCUUCCGUGAGCAGGACAAGCCUCACUACCGCCCGGGCAUGUAUGCCUGCAUCGCCUGCAGCUUGUUGACCGUUGUCUUGGUUGGCUUGUUGACUCUUGACGCCUACUCCAAGAACAAGAAGGCCGACCGGGGCGAGAAGGAACUUGAGGCUGAUGAUGAGGGUGCCCAGCACGGCUUCCGGUACACCUACUAG